AGCGCGCGAGAUGCGCCAGCUGUCGCGUGUGCAUCGAGCAGCCCCUACGUCGUUGUCGUCCACCAAGCAUCACCACCACCGCCAUCGUCAUGGCAGGAAUUAAACCGAAUAUCUAUGCCGUGCUGGUGACCGCACUCGGAUUCCUCUGUCUGGUCAUCAGCGCGACGGCCGUCGGCGUGCCUGUCUGGGCGUACUACGAGGGCCGCUCGGGAGUAGGUCAGUCGCAGGAUCGAGGAUACUUCGGACCGUGGCAAAAGUGUCAGGUGCUUAGCUACCGAGAACGAUGCGGUGACGUUGGCCGUUUCAGGCCACUAGGAGUGGUCUUUGUCAGUGGCCUGCUAGCGGUCGGUGGAUGCGUGCUGUUCGGGAUCUUCUGCGUAUUGAGCAUCGUACAGAUUGCGAUGAUUUCGUCACGCGAUCGCGUCUGCAUGAGCUACCGGGCGCUGGUGACGGUGAAGCUCGUGGCGACCGUAUUCGCGGCCGGACUCUCGUUGGCAGCGGCCGGCCUUUUUGCACUGCAAACCGACGACGAUCGGGCCGGUUAUCGCAUUACGCGCGGCAUCUCGUUCUAUCUGCAGGUCGUGGUGACGGCCCUCUCGCUUGCCCUGCUCGCCCUGGCCGCGUACGAUCGCAUCCUCACGAAACGACCCGACGGUGAUCCGACGAUGCUGUCGAACGCGUCCACCAACGGUGGUCGGUCACGUGGUUCAACGUACAACAACCCGGGUUUCCGAGAAACAACAUCACACAACCCAAAUGGUAUUGCCGUAACGGAUUCAUCCGGCAGGCCCUACUCUUCCGGCAUGAACGGAAGCAUGCAGUCGGUCAACACGACCAUCACGAACGUAUCGAACGGCUCGACGGUCGGGUCCGGGUCGGUCACGAGGACACCGUUGCGCUCGAGCCUGAAAAAACCGCGGCCACCAAACACCACCACCACUACCGAUGGGUUCGGUAUACGUAAUCCGGGCUAUUCGGGUGGAAACCAGUCGCCGCGGAUGCAGCGAAACGGAAGCGUCAAGAAGGUGCGCAUCCAAACGCACAGCACCGAUGUGUAGAUGCCAGCCGACGGAGCAGAGGGAACACAACAAUAUGCCGGCCGCCAAUAUCCGCUCCGGUGUUGCCGCUAGUAAGCACGAUUCCGUCCAUUUCGUGUGCGGAUUCUUCCGGCAAUUGUAGCAGGGAAACCGGGAAUCGAUCGAUCGAAUCUGAGACCAAUCAAUAUUAUCUGUGUAUAGCCGUUAAAAAGGAUCAGUUAGUGAGAGAGAGGUGAAACAAAACCCGUCCAUAAGGAAACUGGGAAGCUAAUUGUAAAUAGGUAACGGAACAAGUAGUGACCGUCGUGAAUGCAAAACCCUGCAUUCGGUGUACGGAUGAUCGGCUGAUCAGUAACCCGCAUCCAACCCAAUCUUCAAGUGUCCUUUCCACAUGUCCGUCGUCUCGGAUCGAGAAAAGUAUUGCCUUACGAUCGUGUAUAGCACAGGGACACAGAGAACAAACAAGUAUUUUAUAGCACACAGUCUCUCGGUUUCCGCGCUCACGUAGUAAUCUCACGUUUUAUCUCAUUAGCUAAAGUAUUUUAAAAAAGGCCGCCAAACCAAUCAAUCUGUGCACGCACGCGACGAAGGCGACAUGUUGAUUGUUGUUCGUUGUUUUAUCCGUAGCAAAUAAUUAUAUCCAUUCCUGUUUUGGCAAAGUUUACUACUACUAAAUGCGUUGAGACAGGUUUAUUUUUUAAUUUUAAAGCAAUCGAUGUAGGAAUAUCUGUGGUCUUCCAGGGUCAGAGCACACAACACGUCCAUUCUGAGAAAGUAUUCCGUCCGCAAACCCCGUAAGAACGGGUAACUACACGUAAGGGCUUAGCAAAGGAGUUUAGUUUUACUGCUAAGGGAUUGGUCCGCGUUGGGUUCAAAGCCCGCGACCGCGACCGCGCACUCAGCAUUCCAAUCAGUUUUAGAUGUUUAACCUAUAUAGUGCCGCCGUCCAAUAGAAGCACAAAAGGCCCUAAGAGGUGCGAUUUUUUGUUUCGCACGAGGUUUUCGUUAGCCGAGUAAGAACAAAGCAAUAUAAAAGUUUUAUCAUUAGAGCUAUAGCAGGACGAUCACGUGUCGUACGGGAACUAAGCAGCAGUUCUUUAGAGAAACCCUAUUAAUUUGUUACAGGAAAAUCAUUCGAAUGCACAUCGCACGGCGGCGAACGCGGGAAGAUGUGCUUCGAUUUAAGUGUUUUGGUUAUGAAGGAUGUUUACUUUUAUUGACUAGAUUGGCGCGUAAUAAUAGAGAAAGUCACGCAUCACUCUCCCCGUGGACCGCGCGCAGGAGGACAGUCGCGCAUUGUGAUUCAUUUUAAAUGAAUUAUGUAGUCUCUAAAUCCAGCAGUGCGUGGUAAGGUGUUCGACCGGAUUAAGUGCGAAAGGUUGACGACGAAGACGUAAUAAAGAAAUAUGCACAGCAAAAU